AUGACCAAACUCACCUUCACCCUCAUCUCACUCCUCAGGCUUUCCAUCUCCUUCAUCUCGCCCCAAGUCGGCGUCGGGGCUGCUUCAGUCGCCACCUGCGUCAACGACUGCUUCACCUCUGCUGCUUCCGAAGUGGGUUGCGCAAGCGUGGAGGACAUUGACUGUAUCAAGGCCUCCUCUACCUUCGAAACAAUCGCUGGUAAAUGUAUCUCAGAUAACGCCUGCACUACUCUCUCCGAGUCGGACGAUGAAGACUCCGCCAAGGCCUCCUACGCUGCCCUCUCGCUCUUCGACGCUUUAUCUCCCGCCGGAGAUGGGCACGCCGAUGGUGUCCCCAUCCGCCGCAGCGCUCUGUUUGGACCCGCCGGUUCAGACUCAAACCUGGAGAAGCGCCAGUGCAACAGCGGCAGCGGUUUCUGCAUCACCGGAGGACAGUCUAGGUGCAACUCGUACUGCACCAGCUGCCAUGUUAACAGCCAAGGCAACUGCGGUGUCGAUUGCAGCUCAGGCUUGUGUACCGGUACUCUCGGGCUCACUUGCGCCUGUCAGGUCCCUUGCUUCAUUUGUUAA